CAUAAACUGUGAUAAUAAUAACAUUACCUGGACAUGGCUAAGACAAGAUUAUGCACAUAAACAUGUUGACUAUAAUAACAUAAAAUCUCGAUUUGAUGGUAAAAUAUUACAAAUAUUAAAUGAUAUAUUUUUCAAUAAUUGGCCUUGUGUAAUAGCAAUGUUUUCAUCGUCAUCCUCUGUAAAUAACUCUUCUAUCGUUACUACUGAAUGGGUGGCGCAAAAUUAUGAUUCUAUUAUACCUGUUGAUGGAUCAUGGCAUAUGCCAAAUACUGAUAGAAAUCCUUAUGAAGAAUAUUUUAAGACGCGUUUGAAGAAUGCGAGGUUUUUUGGAUUGAUGACGCUGUAUGAUUACCAA